AAUCUGCCCUCCCAGUCAGGCUCCAGGGCCAUAAGAACGCGAGACAGACUGCGAGAGACGGAACUGUUUUCGAGAGGGGCGUUAAGCUGCCUGCCUCCGUUGCCGGCCGGCCCACCCAAUCGCUUCGGUUCCAGCAGCCACCGCCCCUCGAUGGCGGGAACCACGCCGCCGCCGCCGCAGGCGGGGCGUCCGGCCCCGUCCGCCGCGGCCAAGCGAGGAGGCGGCGCCGGAGGAUUGCUGAUGGGGAAGUACGAGCUGGGGCGCCUCCUGGGGCACGGCAACUUCGCGAAGGUGUACCACGCGCGGCACGCGGAAACCGAGGAGAACGUGGCCAUCAAGGUGCUCGACAAGGAGAAGGCGGUGCGGAGCGGGCUCGUCCCCCACAUCAAGCGCGAGAUCGCCGUGCUCCGACGCGUGCGCCACCCCAACAUCGUGCAGCUGUUCGAGGUCAUGGCCACCAAGACGAAGAUCUACUUCGUCAUGGAGCUCGUCCGCGGCGGCGAGCUCUUCUCCCGCGUCUCCAAGGGCCGCCUCAGGGAGGACGUUGCCCGCCGCUACUUCCAGCAGCUCGUGUCCGCCGUUGCCUUCUGCCACGCCCGCGGCGUCUUCCACCGGGACCUCAAGCCCGAGAACCUCCUCGUUGACGAAAACGGGGACCUCAAGGUAUCGGACUUUGGCCUCUCCGCCGUCGCCGACCAGUUCCGCCCUGACGGCCUGCUCCACACCUUCUGUGGCACGCCAGCCUAUGUCGCCCCCGAAGUGCUCGCGCGCCGCGGAUACGACGGCGCCAAGGCGGACGUGUGGUCGUGCGGCGUCAUCCUGUUUGUGCUCAUGGCCGGGUAUCCCCCUUUCCACGACAAGAACAUCAUGGCCAUGUACCGGAAGAUUUACAAGGGCGAGUUCCGGUGCGCGAGGUGGUUCUCCAGGGACCUUACCAGCUUGCUGAUGCGCAUUCUUGACCCCAACCCCAACACGAGGAUCACUUUGCCGGAGGUCAUGGAGUCUCGCUGGUUCAAGAAAGGUUUCAAGCCAGUCAAGUUCUUUAUUGAGGAUGACCAGCUACACAGCGUGAUAGAUGAUGAGGAUGAUGUGCUGGGCAUGGGGACUGCUGCUCCUGUUCCUGUUCCUCUACCAUUGCCACCUCCACUGUCACCUCUACCUCCACAAAAGGUUGAUGGUGAUGACUCAGGGUCGGAAUCAGACUCAUCGGUGACAUCCUGCCCUGCUAUGGUGUCGUCUGAUGAGAACCAGAGGCUCCGUGGGUCACUCCCACGCCCAGCAAGCCUUAAUGCAUUUGACAUCAUAUCAUUCUCAAGGGGAUUCAACUUAUCAGGGUUAUUUGAAGAAAAAGGGGAUGAGCUGAGGUUCGUCUCGGAUGUGCCCAUGUUGGAUAUCAUAACUAAGUUGGAGGACAUUGCAAAGUUGAAGAGCUUCAAGUUGCGGAGGAAGGACUGGCGGGUGUGCCUAGAGGGUACAAGGGAAGGAGUUAAGGGGCCACUAACAAUUGGUGCGGAGAUAUUUGAACUCACACCGCCCCUUGUAAUGGUGGAGGUAAAGAAGAAGGCAGGGGAUAACGAAGAGUAUGAGAACUUUUGCAACAAGGAAUUGAAGCCAGGAAUGCAGCACCUUGUCCACCCUAUGAUCCGAGCUCCAAGUAUACCUAAUGAUACCGAGUGGGUCGAAAGGCUUUCAAGGUAACAGCGCCACUUUGCCUGGAGCUAAUGGUAACGGAAGCUACAUUCAGAGUGGAAUGAGGCUAGAGACAGAGUUGAGCGCAGUUGACGGGAUGAUCUCUUGUAGAGGCUAGAGACAGAGUUGAGCGCAGUUGACGGGAAGAUCUCUUGUAGUUGGACAAAAAACUUGUCCACUUUUCGUGUAGUUCCACCUGCCGAUGAGAUGAGAUCGUUAUCUCAUGACUUGAAUAAGCCUGUUUCCCUGCAAGGACAUGAAGUUGUCCCUGAUGGAGCGAUAUUGUGGUUGUACAUACUCCGGUUGGUUGGUACCGUUGUUAAUUAGGUGUUGCCGGAUGUACUAUCGUGGGUGGUGUAUUCCUGCUAAUGGUUUUAGGCGCAGUCGAAUAAUUUUGGGUAAAUCA